AGGAGGUCGCCGCGGGCUUCCAGGCGGACCCGCGGAGGGUGCAGAUGCCUCUGGCCGACGCCUGCGUGGGCACCUACAAGGUGUCAAAGGAGAUCGGCAAGAAGCACACCGUGAACGUCGGCUCGGACGACUGCGAGCAGCGCUCCUGGAAGCACUUCGCCAGCUUCCAGGUGCUGCGCCGGCCGCGGGGCCCGCAGGAUCAGCCCGUGUGCGUCGGGGAGGCGAACGGCACCUGGACCCUGCGGGUGUCGCUGUCGGAGGACUGCUCGGGCCAGGCGCUUGGGCUCGCCUGGAACCACAAGGCCGUCUUCUACAUCGGGGAGGACGCGUCGGGCCCGCCGAUGUGCGUCAUGUACCGCACCUACCCGAGGAAGAGCCUCCGGAACUGGUCCCGGUGGAUGGUCGCCCCGAAGGACGAGUACGAGAGCUGCGAGGAGACCUGGCACGGCUAUCGCACCCACUUCGUCUUCCGAUCGAUGCAGGACUCCUACGACCCGCCGCGGGUCUUCCUCUGCGUCGAGUCGGACGAGCUCGGCCGCCUGGCGAUGCGCCUGGAGCGGGCCCGCGCGCUCUGCGAGACCCCCGCGCACGGCUCCUUCGCCGUGCUGCGGGCCGACUUCGCGGGCGGCGGCCGCGACGUCUUCUGCGUGGGGCGCGCGCUCGUCGGCGACCACGUUGCCAGGGGCAGGCGCUGCGAGGGGGAGUUCGUUACCCACGUGGCGGCCUUCGCCGCGCCGUCCGACGCCACCGGGCGGCCGUGGUGCGUCGGCAAGAAAGAGGGCAUGGCCGGGCUCGAGUACCGCGUCAGGUCCGGGGAGUCGUGCGGCGGUGAUGGCUUCGACCACGCCCUGGGCUUCCGAGAGGUGGCGCUGGAGGAGCUGAGCGAGGAGAGUGGCCUGCUGGCCCUGGACUCGCUCUGAGGGUUCGGCGGGGGCCGCGCCGCGCGGCCGGCCUCGGAGCCACCAA